GUGGCUGCACUCGCUGCUCAGCAUGGCUGCUCAAUCAACAGCAAAACAAGUUCUUCUCUAUCAAAAUACUGUCACCAAGCCUCUUUUUUUCCUCUUUAUAACUGUGGCAUCUGGAAUUCAGUAUACAUUCUGGUCCUAUCUUGCCUUAGAAGCCUUUAAAGACUAUCAACAGAAACCGCCUGAGAAGCAUUCUGACAAGCAGAAGGAGGAGGCGGAGUCUGGCUCCACUCAGGGCACUGCAAAGAGAGCUUUAUUUGAGUCCAUUAAAGAGAAAGCCUCUUCGGGAAAGUGGCGUCUCGGAGUCACUCUUCUAGCACUGACAUUUGGCAGUUUAUUUGCAUUCACUUCAGUGAUUUAUCCACGACGUACCAUUAAUAAGGUGAUGUAUAGUCAUAGCAAACAGGCAUUGGAGAUCACCACGUACACACCUCUUGGAGGACUAACCAGUAAAGAGGUCCCAUGUCUGUCUGUUUGGAGAAAAGGAAGCGCUCAAUCGAGUCAUGUGUCACUUAAAGUGAAGGGAGACAUAUUCUAUUAUCUGUUGGGUGAAAAGAAUGGAAAAUUCCACAAUCCAAAAAUGUUUGAUAUGAUUAUUGGAACUAGAAGAUGAAUCACUCACCCUUGUACUGUACAUUCAUAUUGUAUAAUACCAAUGUUAAAUAAAGUUAUUUGAAUGAAUGCAAUAGUCUCUAACA